GUGAGGACAGAACUGCUCUGUCUCCUACAGCCAAUCAGUCGCCUUCUUACCCCAGCUCAGGGGGCGUGGCCUCUUGUCGGACAGCCAGUCUGAGACCAGAGAGCUUCCUGUUUCGUCUGGGUCAGAAAGAAGAGAAGAGGAAAGGUGAUGCUGCUCCUCAGAACCAGGAUGAGGCUCCUGCUGCUUCUCUUCUGGUCGGAGAAGACGCUGAGCUGGUGGAGCAGCUUCGAAAGAACAUUGAGGCUCGACUUAAGGUGUCGUUGCCUAGCGACCUUGGAGCAGCUCUGACGGACGGGGUGGUGCUCUGUCACUUAGCCAAUCACGUGAGACCGCGGUCCGUCCCCAGCAUCCACGUCCCCUCCCCCGCCGUGCCUAAACUCACCAUGGCCAAAUGUCGACGGAACGUGGAGAACUUCCUGGAGGCGUGUCGCCGGAUUGGAGUUCCACAGACUCAGUUGUGUCUCCCUCUGCACAUCCUGGAGGAGCGAGGGCUCCCCCAGGUGGCCGGGACCGUCAGCGCCCUGCUCGACCUGGCCCCGCCCCGACACCCCGUCACCCCGACAACCACUGCACCCGGACCCUCCGUCAACAUCUAGACCACCGCACCAAGGCCGCCGCACACGCUCAGUGGUCGUGGUGCAGGCCGACGUACAGGAGAGGACACCUGCAGCAUCAUCAGAUAGAAAGUGAACACCUGAGAGAGGCAGGGUGGAUCUGAUGGAGAGACGAACAGAACACACACACACACACACACACACACACACACACACACACACACACACACACACACACACACACACACACGCUCUGAGCAGGUGUCAGGACAUCACACCAUCAGAACGCCACAACUCUGAAAGGAGCACGCUUCAAAACAAUACAGUCUUUAAUAGUGCUAGAACCACAGCUUCACUGAGCGAGAGAGAGAAAGAGGACGUUUGUUGCCAUGGCCUGAAGAAGAACGUUGUUUUUUUUUUCUAGAAGGUUCAAAUUCAGGUACGGUGAUCUCUAUGUAAUAUGAAUCCUUCCUUUUUGAAGGAUGUAAGAUCAGAACGUUUCCUAAUCAGUAGCAUCUGUUACAUGACGAGUAAACAAGCGAACAAAGAACAGAAGAUGA